AUGAAAUGGAUUUGGGCGUUAGGGAUUGGGAUUGGGAUUGUGGCGUUUGGAAAUGGGAACGGUAAGAAAUGGCGCGUACUCCCGUGGGUGGCAGCGGAAUUGGAGAGAAAAGUUCCGCCUCGCUUCAAGUCCGGCCCUAUCGUCGGCGUCGAGAAGAGAGAAGCCGGCGGGAGGAUGGAGAGAAGAAGAGAUGGGACUCUGAGUUCAGAAGCGAGAAGCCAAGGACAAAAGGAUAGAGCGAGAAACCAACGGCUCUUUUUCCUGUGGACACGUGGCAGACAGCCCACCUUCUCCGUCGCCGUCACUGGAAAAGCCUUAAAUCCGACGACCCUGUCCUGUAUUUUGCCGAAAGUUAUGGUGUCUUUGCACAACUCACCAUCAAUCCAUCAAACAUUGUUGCGAAACACGUCCACUCAGGUGGGUCUGUGUAGGCAUGGUCAUCAUCAAAGAAACACCACCUUCUAUGUGAGGUCAGAUCAAGUGCCUGCAGCUUCAACUUCUCCUUACCAAGAUAGAGUUGGAAGACGCCAACUGCUUGCCUUGGGAGUAACCAUUGCUCCAUGGUUAUUGUUGCCACACCAGACUUCAGCGUCUUUUGCUGCAGAAACAAAAAAGGGAUUUCUAUCCGUCACAGAUAAGAAGGAUGGAUAUACUUUUGUUUACCCAUUUGGUUGGCAGGAGGUAGUCAUUGAAGGAGAAGACAAGGUCUUCAAAGAUGUUAUUGAACCUCUAGAGAGUGUCAGUGUAAAUAUGAUCCAAACCAGCAAACAAGAUAUUCGUGAUUUUGGUUCCCCACAGGAGGUUGCUGAAACUUUGAUAAAAAAGGUCUUGGCUUCUCCUUUGCAAAAAACAAAGCUGGUUCAAGCAUCAGAGCACGAUGUCGAUGGAAAAGCAUAUUUCGUGAUUGAAUUCAUUGCACAAGCUCCAAACUACACUCGCCAUGCUCUUAGUGCAAUCUGUAUUGGCAAUGGAAAGUUCUAUACUUUGACAACAGGAGCCAAUGAGAGGAGAUGGGAGAAAAUGAAAGAUAGAUUGAAAACUGUGGUUGAUUCCUUCCAAAUCUUCAAUGUCUGA